GUGUGUGUGGUUAGUGGUAAGAGUCAGAGCCAUGCGCUGCACGCUUUGCACUUUAGUCCUCCUCAUCUUUCCUGUUUUGGGACAGUGGGGUGAAAGUGUCUCAGGUCCAGAAGACGGAGGUCAUGAGUUCUUUCAUGCAGCAGAUCAUUAUGACUUUGCUCUUCUGCUGUCUGGGACAGAGUCACAGUGCUUCUGGCACUUUGCUCGUCAGACUGGCCGCUUUUACCUGACUUACAUGGUUCAGUGGGUGUCUGGGAUGACUGCAGGCAGACACCUGGUAGUCUCUAUUCUCUCUCCUAAGGGCAUCCUCCUUUCUUACACUGAUAACACUAUGGGCCAGAUGAACUUUCAAGUAAAGGAGACAGGGUUUUACCAGAUGUGUUUUGCCAACUAUCACAACCAUUUUGGUGACAUGCGAGUCUUCCUGAACUUCGGGGUGUUCUACGAAGAGGAGGCUGAGGCCAAGAAGGAGAAUGAAAUGGACGAGGAGGUUCUAAACGGCACUCUUUCCAACAUUAAGGAUAUUUCAAAUAAGAUACAGCUUCGAAUCCAGCACAUGUGGCGCUUCUAUAAUGUAGCACGAAUGCGCAGAGGGGCUGAUUACUUCCUGCUUCAGUCCAAGUCCUAUUAUGUGAAUGCCUGGUCUGUCCUCCAAAGCUUUGUCAUCAUCAUGGCUGGAUAUCUGCAGCUCUUCUUUCUCAAGAGGUUCUUCAGGGCAGAAGAAAACCGACAUCGCUGCUGAGAGAUAACGAGAAAGUGCUGAAACCUCUAAACUGGCUGGUUUCCUUUUUGCUUGCUCUUUGAAUCCUGAUUUGACAGUAAAAUAGGAAGGAAGAAAAUAAAGAGAAAAUGUGUGGUCAGAGGUUUUGGCUAAACCCUGUGACAUUGUGAAUCCUGAAAGCUGAGAGUGAACAGCUUGUAAUAUGAAUGUAGAUGUUUUUCAUGUUAAAUGAGACAAGUGUUGAGUAAUGAGAUGUUGUUUUCUCAUAUGUUGCUACACACAGCUGGUUCAAAUCUGAUGUGCUUCAAAUCAAUGCUGGAUACUUUAAUAAAAAAUAAAAUAUAUUCGGAUACUGUA